AAAACAUGGCCAAUUCGUGGUCUGUGAACAUGGCCGUCUGGCGUCUGCCGCCGGCGUUUGUUAUAGUUUUGUGGUUUUGUUCAGCAGUCGAUAGUAAUUUAUAAUAUAAUAAGGUUUUGACUAGUUGUGUGUUUGUGUGAUGUAAUAAAGGAUAUUUUGGUGCAGUUCAGUCUACUUAGUUUUAUGAUUAGGAACCCACACUUAAAAAAUCAAUAUGGGAAAUAUCAAUAGCGAAGAAGAAUAUAUGGUGAAUAGUGAAGAACCAAAAGCAAGAAAAGAUAGUUUAAAUGUGAGAAGAUUGAGGAAAGCAAUAAAAUUAUCGGAAAAUUUGACAUUUCAAACCAAAUUUUUUAAAUUAUCUAAGUUGUUAACAAAAAAACGAAUAAAAAAAGUUACCGAAUUGACGAAUAAAAGGACAUUCUCUGAUAGAGAGAAGCUUAUAGCUUUAGGUCUUUAUAAAAAAAAUCCAAGAGUAUACCGGUUGUUAUCUAAAAUUAUUGUGAUACCUCCUUGUCAUGUACUGCACAAAUUGACUUCUAAAGUUGGUAGGGAAACAGGACUUAAUAAAAAAGUGUAUUCAAAAUUGAAACGAAGAGUACAAAGGAUGGCUCAAACUGAAAGACUGUGUUCACUUCUAUUUGAUGAAGUUACUAUUAGCCCAACUUUAAAUAGGAAAGAAAGACAAGAUGUUUUAGUCAACAAUAAAAAUAAAAAGAUAAAAAGUGAUCUCGCAAACCAUACAAUAGUUUUUAUGAUAAGACUGAUAUUCAAAAAGCAGAACCAACCAAUUGCAUACAAGUUUUCUUGCCAAAGGAUAAGUAAAGAUGAGUUAAAAAUUAUAAUUCGAAACAUAAUAUCGGACUUACAGGGCUGUGGGCUUAAUGUUAUGGCCACAAUUUGUGACCAGGAUACAAGAAACAUUGGUGCCAUUGAUAAAUUAAUUAUGGAAACUAAAGAAGAAUAUUUAAGAAAGAAGAAAAAGUAUGCAAAAGAUACAUUUGAGGUAAAUGGGAAUGAAAUUGUCCCACUCUUUGACGCCCCUCACUUGAUGAAAGGAAUCCGGAACGAUUUAGUAACUAAAAAUUUAAAAGGCACUUUAAAAAACACAGUCAAAAUAGCGAAAUGGGAUCACAUAUUGCAAUUUUUCAUGAGCAUUUCAAAAUCAAAAUUUACUAAUGUCACAAAAUAUCAUGUUAUUCCGAAAAAAAUUAACAAAACUGAAGCAUCAUAUGCAAUACAAACGUUAAGUUGCAAACAUUUUGCCGGACUUAUGGAAUUCUCUGCAAAAUUGGGUCCUCUUCCUAGAGAGGCCCUUGACACAGUGUAUAUUAUAGCGUUCUUCGAUACAUUAUUCAAAUCUAUGAACGGCAGUUAUUACCAAUGGGAAGAAUACAAGGAAGAUGAGCCUCUCCUUGGCCCCGUAACUCCCAAACGUGUUCAUGAAAAAGAAUGGGCCAAGUCUAGAAUAGUACUGAACAGCAUGAAAUUUAUUACUGAUGAUGGAAAAGAAGUAAGCACACCUACAUUAGAUUGCUGGAUACGUACAUUGGAUAACAUUAAACACUUGUCAAGAAAAUUGUUUGUGAAACACAACGUUAAAGGAUUUUGGAUGUCUCAACUCAACAUGGACCCCCUGGUGAAGUUUGUGAAGCGAAUUCAGAAAUACGGGUGUAGAAAUGUAAACACUUAUCGCCUCAAAUAAAUGGCAGUAUUUUGACAAUAAAAAUUGGAUUUUUUAACUGACUUCCAAAA